GAAGCAGAUGACGGCCGCUGCAGAGGGGCGGCCCGGCCGGACUGGGUAUCGCCUCCCUCCCCUCUGUCUCCCAGGUGCCACUGGGACCAGGGUGGGGCAGAGCCAGGAGCAUCGGACAGGGGCCGAGGGAAUUCGAGCUUCGCAGAUUCUGGAGCAGUGUCUCCUAAAAUGAAGCAAACUGGGGCCUUAGCUUUACUGGGCAUUUGCUCCGAUUCCAACAAUUGAUGAACCAACCACCCAUCCACCAAUAUAGCUCGGAGCUGGAUAAGCACCGCCCAUGCAAAUCGUGGCUUUCCUUGUCUCCACCUGGGGUUUGCACUGGUGUGCAGCUAUGCUGACAGCAGGAAUCAGGACAUAUUCUCAGUGCAGACGAGGCUUGAGGUUUUUACCAAACCAUGGAAGAUUUUCUAUCACUUAAUGUUCGCUUGCUUGGCAGCAAUUGAGUGUACUGGUCUCCUUGUCAUGGCAACCAUUGUCCUGGAAAAACUUACUCGCCUUUUCAUUAAUGUGCAGCAGCUUUGGCAGGUCCCCAGGCUGCUGGAAACGGCAUUCCCCUCGCCUCCCUGCACCGUGGGUACCUCAGAUGUGCCUAAGGUCUUCUGGAAACCCUACAUUCACACCGGCUACAGACCCCUCAACCGGACCUGGAAGUAUUACUUCUUGACGCUUUUCCAGCCGCACAACGAAGCUGUCAACGUCUGGACUCACCUCGUGGCUGCACUAAUCCUGCUGUUGAGGUUCCAGCGUCUUUCCCAGACGGUGGAUUUUGUGAGCGAUCCUCAUGCCCAUCCCCUGUUCAUCAUUGCCAUUGCUUCUAUCACCUACCUAACCUUCAGCACCCUGGCUCACCUCCUCCAAGCCAAAUCAGAGGUCUGGCAUUAUAGCUUCUUUUUCAUGGACUAUGUGGGAGUAGCCAUUUACCAGUACAGCAGUGCCUUGGUGCAUUACUACUAUGCCAUUGAGCCAGACUGGCAUGCAAGGAUCAUGGGGUUUUACAUGCCGGGGGCUGCUUUGCUAGCUUGGUUAUCGUGUGCAGGUUCCUGUUAUGCUAAAUAUAGAUACCAUCAGCUUCCCCGCCAUCUGAGCAGGGUGUGUCAGGAAAUGCCCUUGGGCCUGGCGUAUGCUCUAGACAUUAGCCCAGUAAUUCACCGGCUCUACACUGUUCAGCCCUCCGAGCAGGCAGAUCCAGCCCUUUUAUACCACAAAUGCCAGGUGCUGUUUUUCCUUAUCGGUGCUUUUUUCUUCUCGUACCCUUAUCCAGAGAAAUGGUUUCCGGGGAAAUGUCAUUUCUUUGGGCAGGGGCAUCAGAUCUUCCACGUGUUUCUGGUGCUGUGCACCCUAGCCCAGGUGCAGGCGGUGGCUCUGGACUAUGAGUCAAGGAGGGAGAUCUACACCAGUCUGCACGGUAACCAGACUCGCAAUUUCUCUGCCCUGUGCUUCUUCACCGUAGCCUGCUGCCUCCUCACUGCCGCUUACAUGACUAGCAAAGUGAAGUGCAAACUGAAUUGCAAAGGAGAAUGAAAGCUGUGGAGAGGAAGCUCCUGAUCUUUCCCAUCCUGGCUGUUUGAGGGGAUGCCACCAUAACAAUCUGGAUUCAAAUCUGGCUAUGGACAAGUGUAAAGUGUGAUGGAAUACUUGGAAAUGUGCUAUUGUUAAGUGAUCUGCAAAGGGAAAAUGCUGGAAGUUUGUGCUCUUUUGGAUUUUUUAUGAUGGAUAAAGAAGACCUGGAAAGGUGUAUGUGUGUAUAAGUGUUAAACCGGUUUCUUUUUCUGCUGAUUUUCUGCCUUCGAAAUUCUGGUGCUGUCUUUAAAAGACCUCAAUGAAGAGCUGGGAGUAACGCUCUCUUUGCUAAAUAUGCAUCCCGCUGCCCCGACAUCUAAGGGCUGAGAAAGCUGACUUGCACAGCUGAGAUCUAGGUCUAGCAAAACCAGGAGUGGUCAAUUCUAAUAUUUCUCAGGCAGAAGUUAAGACAGAAAAAACAAGUCCAGCUUGUCUUUACAUGUCGCAAAGAAGCAAACAAGGGGACAAGACAGACAUUUUUUUUCUAUUCAGGUCACUUUAUAUAGCACAGGAACUUUACACGGCACUUUACACACAGAGAAAGACAUGUGGCCUGCCCUUAUAAUCUAAAUAAGACAAGCUACACUGAAGACAAGGCCCUAUCAGGAGGGGGGAGGAGGUUAUCAGUGAUGAAGAGGAGAAGGGAGGAAGGAUAGCUGGAAGAAAUGGGUUUCUAGGCGGGAUCUGAAGGAGGAGAGAGGCCAGUAGGCCACUGAGAAGAGGGAAAUUUUGUCUUUACUGCCCCUGUACCCCUAAAAGUUCCCUCUGUUGCCACCACGGGUUCAGUUCCAUUGCAGGUAGCAAUAAUGAGAAUCCCUGGUGUUUUAACCACUGUGUCUUGCAGACCUGAUCCGGGUGAUAAAACCAAUGGCAGCUAGUCUCUACUACAGCUGUCGGCACCGUCGUUACACCAGCAUUGGCAAGAGUGGUAAAGAGAGACGCUCUCGUAAACGUAGCCAGAGUCCUGGACGUUCUAGAACAGGUUUGAAAGUCGCUGUGCUUGAACAAAAAAACUUCAGAGAGAAACCGCAGAACUAAAAUUCAUUUGCAGAUUUAACACCAUUAAUUUGGGCUUGAAUAGGGACUGGGAAUGGCUGGCUCUUUACAAAAGCAGCUUUGCCUCUCCUGGAAUUGACACCUCCUCGUCCACUGUUGGGAGUGGACACCAUCCACCCUGAUCGAAUUGGCCCUGUCAGCAGUGGGUCUCCAUUUGCGAGGUAACUCCCUUCUCUUCAUGUGCCAGUAUAUUUAUGUCUGCGUCUGUAAUUUUCACUCCAUGCAUCUGAAGAAGUGGGGUUUUUACCCACAAAAGCUUAUGCUCAAAUAAAUCUGUUAGUCUUUAAGGUGC